AUGAAAAUUCAAUUCUUUUUAGUAGAUCAAACUUUGGCUGAUGUGAUGAAGAUGGUAGAUACCCAAUGGAUGGAUCGGUUUGUUCCUCGAGAGUAUAAGAAAUCAGUUCCAGACAAUGGCGAUGAAGCCAACGUAUCCAAAGACAACAACUAUGGUUACAGUGAACAAGGCAUGAAGGACUUGGAUGAGGUACUUGUACUCAUACUUGAUGCCACUUAUCUGGCAUUGUGGGAAGCUUUGACACUGCCGACAUACGUUGGCCAGAAGCAAGAAGUCGGAGGUCUCGUAGGAGGCGGAGAUUCUGAGUUGCUCGGAAUUUUACGACCAUAUUACUCAGUCGUUGAUAUGUCAGCCAAUGGGAACAAGCAGGGCAUGGGCUCUUAUCUUCAUGUCCUUCCCGACUCAUCGGAAGGCGAUGAACCUGUCUAUACGCUCGGCGCCUCAUUCUAUGGUGGAUUGGAACCAGCUGGUGCUAAAAUUGGCUAUUUAACGAGACCCUUCGGCUAA